GAGCCGCGGGACCAGCUGUUCGGCGCUCCCGCACCGCUGCCGUCUGUUCAGCGAAGCGCCCGGGCGGGGACGCGGCACUCAGUUCUUCGAAGUCGGCCACCAUGGAGGCGCAGGCACGCGGUUUGUUGGAGAACGAACCCUUGCAAGGAAGAGAUGAAGAUGCAGUAGCCAGCGCUGACUUCUCUAGCAUGCUCUCUGAGGAGGAAAAAGAAGAGUUAAAGGCAGAAUUAGUUCAGCUGGAAGACGAAAUUACAACAUUACGACAAGUUUUGUCAGCAAAAGAAAGGCAUCUGGUUGAGAUAAAACAAAAACUCGGCAUGAACCUGAUGAAUGAACUGAAACAGAACUUCAGCAAAAGCUGGCACGACAUGCAAACUACAACCGCCUACAAGAAAACGCAUGAAACCCUGAGUCACGCAGGGCAGAAAGCAACUGCAGCCUUCAGCAAUGUUGGAACAGAAAAGUGGGAAGAAAGCAAUGAAAACUUCAACGGCAUGGGACCAUGUGCUUGUCUUGGUGUCUUGUGUACUAACUGCUGCUGCUCUUUCUCCUGUGCUGCCUCGGGCUGCAGGUCUCACUCCAUCGGCUACUCGAUCCGACAUUCCAUAAGUAUGCCUGCAAUGAGGAAUUCUCCUACUUUCAAAUCAUUUGAGGAGAGGGUUGAGACAACUGUCACAAGCCUUAAGACGAAAGUAGGCGGGACGAACCACAGCGGAGGCAGUUUUGAGGAGGUCCUCAACUCCACAGCCCAUGCCAGUGCCCAGAGCUCUGCAGGAGGCCCCCGGCGGGCCGAGGAGGAGCUGCAGUGCUAGCUAGGUCCAGGCAGCCUGCAGCCACAUCCAGAGGCCAGCCAUUGCCCGCCCAUCUCUGCCUAUGUGAAUCCAGAUAUGAAGACCAAAAUCCCACUGGAAAGAACUGAGGCCUUGAUGUUCUUACUCAGAUGGCCUCUCCAGAGUUUCAUGAUUUCCAGUUUGUUAGUGUGUUGAUGAUGGACCACUUGACCAUCACACUUCAGUAUUCAUAGGUUGCCAUCUUUUAUUAUAAAAUCUCUCAACUUGAGCAGAUACACAAUUGGUCAUAAUUCUUGUCCUUGUAAUUCGAAAUACAUUUUCUGAACAUGUAGUUAGUUAUUGCUUUGGUUUUUGCUUGGCCUCUUCUAUAAUGUGCAUGUCCUUUCAGUUCAGCUGGAUCAAUAGGAUGGAGCUCUUCAUGACUAUCUCCAGCAACAGGAUGACUUACUGCAAAUUUCAAACUCUUGUGAUCUCUCUUUACCUAUCCAUUAUGUAUGUUUAUUUAAGCAAUUAAAAUAAUUGAUUUUAA